CUGCACACGCCCAUGUUCUUCUUCCUGCUCAACCUAGCCCUCAGUGACCUGGGAUCCAUCUGCACCACUGUCCCCAAAGCCAUGCACAAUUCCCUCUGGGACACCAGGAACAUCUCCUACACAGGAUGUGCUGCUCAGCUCUUUUUCUUUCUGUUCUUCAUCUCAGCAGAGCUUUCCCUCCUGACCAUCAUGUGCUACGACCGCUACGUGUCCAUCUGCAAACCCCUGCACUACGGGACCCUCCUGGGCAGCAGAGCUUGUGCCCACAUGGCAGCAGCUGCCUGGGCCAGUGCCUUUCUCAAUGCUCUCAUGCACACAGCCAAUGCAUUUUCCUUGCCCCUGUGCCAUGGCAAUGUCCUGGGCCAGUUCUUCUGUGAAAUCCCCCAGAUCCUCAAGCUCUCCUGCUCACAAUCAAACCUCAGAGAACUUGGGCUCAUUGUAGUUAGCCUUUGUUUAUCAUUUGGCUGUUUUGUGUUCAUUGUUUUCUCCUAUGUUCAGAUCUUCAGGGCUGUGCUGAGGAUCCCCUCUGAGCAGGGACAGCACAAAGCUUUUUCCACCUGCCUCCCUCACCUGGCUGUGGUGUCCUUGUUUAUCAGCACCGGCACAUUUGCUCACCUGAAGCCCCCCUCCAUUUCCUCCCCAUCACUUGAUAUAUCAGUGUCAGUUCUGUACUCGGUGGUGCCUCCAGCCCUGAACCCCCUCAUCUACAGCCUGAGGAACCAGGAGCUCAAGGCUCACAACGCCGGGAGUGGUGGCCGCUCCGGCCGGCACGGUGCCAGAGACGCGCGCAAGGGACAGGACUCGCAAAGACCCGGGGGGGAGUCACAAACCAGCGCAGGGGCGUUAGACACAGGUGGCGAAUUGGGGGGAGUGGUACAGCCCCAAAGGGCCACCGUAGAGAGACACAGGAGACGUGCGGUUGUGAUGUCAGACCCGGUGCGGAGGUCAGCUCGGAUCGCGGAGCAGGCCCAGGUGCCGGCGGGGGGCAGGCUGCGCACACCGGUGGGGGGAGUGGACACAGCGUCAGAGGAGGAGGAGAGAGAUUUUGGGACAGACCGAGAGGAGGAGAUUUCAGAGGCGGAACGAGGGGGAGAGAGUGAUGCAGUCGGCCGGAAGAGGAGCAGUCGAGUUCAUUCCGUCAUCCGAGCCACGGAGUCCAGUGACAGCACCACCUCGUGGGGUAAUGACAGAAGUGCACGACAUGCCGGAUCUGUUCGGUGGAGCCACAUCGCCAUCCCGUGGCGAGACUGCAACAAUGCAGCAAUUUUUUCCAACACUAUACAAAAGGAAGAGUACUUCUAA